CCUUACGUACAACAACAACAACAAAUAAUACGAAGCUGGUUCUGUUAACAAUGGAUCCAAAACAAAGUAAAGCAUUUCUGAGGAAUGCUAGGGAGUCAAUUAGGAAGAAAGAAUUCAAGGAAGCUGAAACACAGUGCAAGGACAUUCUUGCAAAUGACAGCACCAACUACAUGGCCCUGGUGUUGUUGGCAGUUGCUGCAGAAGGGUUGUCAGAGAAUGAUCAAGCUCUAUCAGCAUACAGACAGGCUACACUGGCAGAUGACUCGCAAAUACUUGCUUGGCAGGGCCUUUGCAACUUCUUUGAGAAGAAUUCCAUACCAGCGUAUGCCAAUGAACAGUGUGGUGUUUACCUGAAGCUGUUGCAGAUGAACAAAGAUGAUAUUGGUAAGAAGAAAGAAAUUAUUUUUAAUAUGGUGAAAAUAUCAGAGCAUAUCAAGGAUGCAGAGAAAAUCCAACAGAUUCCAGAGCUAUGCAGGAAGUACUUGAGUACAAGUACAGACUACACUGAUGCAACAGAGGUUGUUCUGGCCUACUAUCUCCCUGCCCUACUUAAGACAUGUCCAGAAGACCUUCCUGCAGAGACAGAACACUUCCUAAACAAUUUUCCAUCCUCGCCGGCAGUAUUGAAGCACAAAAUGUUGUCAGUUCUGGACAUCUGCAUUGGUCAACUGUCUGUCUCAUCUGAGGUAUUGACAAACCAUGUGACCAGAUAUGAAGCUGUCACUGCUGGCAAGGACUGUGAUGUUCUUGCCACUGCACAGGCAUGUUUGGCAGUGAUUGCCAAUGACUUCAAGAAAAGUCGGUCCCUUUUAGAAAAAGUGUGCAAUAAGAACCCUAUGCUUGUGUGUAGCCACUGUUUGCUGGCUGAGUCUCUCUAUAAGCUGCAUCAGUAUGACACUGCCAUCAAACUGUGCCAGUCAGGGUUGAGCUUGCUAGACAGAAAGGACCGAGUGCUGACAUGUAAGCCUGGCCCAGUGAGGAACUUCCUUAACCUUCUGAUGGUGCAAGCUCUAGUGCAAACUGGUGACCCCACAAAACUGAACAGGGCUCUUGAAAUCUGCACAAAGGAACUGGAUGACAACUCAGAAGUGCAGCUUUUAAAAGGAAACGUUUACUUCAGACAGCGAGACUUCAAGGCUGCAAAGGGAUGCUUGUUGGGUGAUUCUGUGGAGAAGCAAGUCCUGGAGGGCUUGAUAGACCUCGAGGAAAAUAAUCUGGAAUCUGCCAAAUCCAGAUUUGAAUCACUGUUGGCAGCAGAGCCUGAUGUAGCCUCCCACCACCUGAACUUGGCCAAGUGCCUCUGGAAGAUGGGCACAGCCAGGGAAUAUAGCUUUACACUACUGCUCAAGGCUGCCAAACUGAGCCCUGAAACCAGUGAGGCAUUUCUCUACCUGGGUCAUUACUAUGGGCAAGAGGGUGGGGACAGAAUCCGAGCCCGGAAAUGUUACCAGAAGGCAUUUGACCUUGACCCCAGCAGUGAGGUCGCAGGAGAGAAACUGUGUGACUUCCUGACGGAGAUUGGAGAAGAUGAGAAAUGCCAUCAGAUUCUGCUACAGUUCACCAGUUCAUGCCCACCUGGCCGAGGCAAGUGGGCGUGGCUGAGGCUGGGGCUGCAUCAGAUGAAACAUGAUGAUCCCUCUGUGGCCAUUGUGUCCCUCCAGUCUGCAUUGAGAGCAGACUCUAAAGACGUCCAUGUGUGGGAGUGUUUAGGGGAGGCAUACAUGGCCCGUGGUAGCUACACGGCUGCGUUGAAGGCUUUCAUCAGAGCAACCGAGCUUGACCAAUCAUCUGUCUACAGCCUGUUCCAGAUUGCCUCUAUAAAGCAGGCCCUGGGACAGUACACUGAGGCUCUGCAGGAGUACACUCACAUACUCAGACAGGCUGAGGACUAUGUACCCGCUCUGAAAGGCUUGGGAGAGACCUAUGUUUCAAUUGCCCACAAUCAUCUUAGCAACUGUUUCCAUGGGCGGGCAAAAGACACAGCAGAGCUGGCAGUUGACUGCCUGUUUAGAGCAUGCAAGCUGAGGCCAGAUGUCUCUUGUUUGUGGAAACUGAUGGGGGAUGCCUGCACUAUUCUCCAUGUGUUACCAGAGUUCAGAUUUUUGAGACCUGACAAAGGUGUUUGGACUAAAGUAGAACUUUUGAAAGUGGGAAGUGGAUGCUAUAUCAGAGCCUUGAAGAUCAUGCCAGAGCUAUCUCCCUUGUGGCAUGACCUGGGACUUAAUUAUAUCUACCAAUCACAGUGCACCUCUGGGAGUGAGGCCAUUUCAUUGGCUGAAAGAUCUGUCCAAUCCCUGAAGAAGGCCAUCCAGUUGGAACCAGGAAAUUACAAGCAUUGGAAUGCCUUGGGAUAUGUUGCAUGCCAGAAUGUGUAUUUCAAGCCAGACUUGGCCCAACACUGCUUCAUAAAGUCAACACAGCUAGAAACAAACAAUGUGGCAGCAUGGACCAACCUUGCAGCUCUCUACCUAAAACAUGAUAAUAUAAAGUUGGGCCAUGAAGCGUUCAAGAUAGCCCAGAGCCUAGAGCCCUCCUACGUGGCCUGCUGGAUAGGUCAGGCCAUCAUAGCGGAGCUGGUGGGACAUGAGGACGCCAUGGAUCUGUUCAGGCACACCACAGAGCUCAGCAAUCAUCCAGAGGGUGCUCUUGGGUACGGCCACUGGGUGUGCAGUAUGCUCCUACAGUCAGACAAGAAGGACAGUCCCAUGUAUGUGUACGCCAUAGAGCAGAUGGCAGCCAUCCCAGCAGCCUCCGAUGCCCUAGCCAGAUACACAGAUCGGAUAAAGACCAAUCCUGUGGCCUACGUACUUCAUGGCCUGCUUCUACAGAGACAGAAGCUGUACAAGACUGCUGCCCAUCAACUUCAGAUUGCAGUGAGACUGUAUGAGGAGGCAGGGGACCAGGGAGAUCAGUGGCGUGCAGCGCUGGCCAACUGUGCUAUGAGUCUCAGACAGAGUGGUCGGGCGGAUGAGGCCUGUGAUAUGUAUGAGAGACUGGGAGACACAUCGGACCCCGGGGUUCUACACCAAUGGGGUCUGGCCCUGUACCAGAGGGGCCUCUACCAACAGGCGCUACAAGUUUACCACAAGGCAGCAGAGCUGUCUGGUAGCAACCUUGAGAGGUCACAUGUCAUGGCUGCCAUGGCAAUGUCACUGUACAGGCUGGGGGACCUAGACAGCACUAAGACGACUUUGUUUCAUAGCUCACAGAGUGAGGAGGUAUCCAUCCAUGGACUGAAGGGUCUGUGUGCCCUGGGGCUGCUACUGGCGGACCCCUCCCUGGCUCAAGCAGCCAUUCACGAGCUAGCGGGCUUCUCCAACCACCCACAUCACGGGGGCGACAUUCUGCUGCUGCAGUGUAUCACAUAUCUCACACAGGGCAACAUAGAGCAAGCAAAGAAAAUAGUGCAGUGCAGCCUUCAUGAAAACCCUUGUCAGGGGAAUGCCUGGCAUUUAUUGUCAGUUUUACUUCUCAAGCACUUUCCAAAGAUACCAGUGGCAGCUACUGCAUGCUCAAGGAAUGCUGUUCUAUUUAACCAUCAGUCAGUUAAUAAGAUUGAGAGGUUCCUUGUGCCAUUGGCAGAUAUUCAAGAUGGUUACCAUGGUAACAGCACUAGCUGCAGAAAUGCUUUUCUCAGUGCUCAGAGAGCAGUGCACUUGUAUCCAGAGAAUAUUUCAGGCUGGCUGACGCUUUCAUCUGCUAUUGGUAUGGAGGCAUUGUGUGCCAGUGAUGUGAGAAAGAGGAGCCUGUUUGAGCAGCAGUAUUACCUGCUAUCACAGCUCUACCAAACGGAGAAAGACACUGCCACAUGUUGCUGGUGUCUUCGUCAGAAGGUCACAUGUUCUGCACAGGCUGGACUGCACAAUAGAGUUAUGGAUGAUUUAGACGUGUUGAUGACAGAGUUUGGAGAGAUUCCAUCAGUACUGGAGCUGUUUAAUAUCAUUAAAGAUGGUCUACAGAAGAGGCAAUGAUAUAGAACUUUCUAAGCAUUUGUCUCCAUUUAUUGAAUUAGAAUGGAUCUUAAGGCAUUGUUUGUGUAAAAUAUUGAUAAAGAUUAGCCAAUACAGAACAUUUUUAUACAUUAACAAAAGUGAAAGAAAGUUACUGUGUACGCAAGUACAUGCAUAGAUACAGAGUGUUUUGAGUUAUGAUUAAUAACAAGUGCUGUUAAUUAGUUUUGUCGUCCUUUUUAUUCAUAAACACAUUUCUUAUAGUUAUUGGUCCAAUUAAAAUUAUAAAAUGGC